AUGCCCUCCGCAGCCAGUAGCGGCGUAGUUGCGCGAUGUAGGUGUCUUCUGCCAGCGUUGCUCCUCAGCCUCUUCGCUUAUGUCUGCUUGUGCGGUAGCAGUGGAUGGGGACCCCUCCCAGCGCACGCUGCCGCUCCUCAGCAGUCUUCCUCGCAGCCCCCGAGCUUCCAGAGCGGUGAUGACCCUAGCCAUGUAUACGCAAGUCUGCAGGCGUUGAACGAGCUGGUGCUCGGCGCGCCGUACAUGUUUGCAGCGGUUGCCAGCGAUCGUAGCGAUGCUGUCAUGACCGCACCAACGGACGAGGAGGUCGUUGCGGCUGUGCAGCGUGCACGCGAUGAGGGCCGCCGCGCACGAAUCUCCGCUCAAGCCCCAUAUUCCGCAUCAGCUGGGGGAGUUAACACGGAUGCAGUGAGUUCUGAGGCGACAACCUCCAUGUGUGCGGCGGACUUCACGUGCCCACGCUCGUCUGUUGCGUGGGCCAGCGGAUCCUUCACCACUGACGAGUUGCUCACCCCGCACACUCUCGCACUGCCCGUUGGCCUGACACUGAAGCUCAGCCUCUGCUGCCAGUACAAGUUCGACGGCACGCUGCUGCGAAGCACGGCACUGUACGAUGCUUUUCUUGAAGAGUUGCUGAGGGCCUCGCCGUUCCAGGUGCUGAGCCCAGCCGAGAAGCGGGAGCUGUUUCCACAGACUCUGAUCCUUGUCGUGGAUACAUGGGACCGCCGGCGAGUGUACAACACCAGCUACGUCCUGACGGAUGCAGAUGUGGCAGAACACAACGACAGCGAUGGUGACGUGCUGGUUCUGACAACUGGCGCUCUCACCCCAGCGACGCUGCUCAAGCUAAUAACAUCUUCGCCAUCGCUUUCUGGGGGUAGUGGAAGGAGUGGAUUCGGCUCCCACCACGCUCUACACACGAAGGCUGCUAUCACUGAUUCCACUACUGCACUGUGGACUGGCGCUCGCGCUGUCCCAACACAUGGGGAGGCGGAGGCGGAGAGUAACGAACCAGUGAGCGCGGCAUCUCUGGCGGCAAAGGCCGACAUACAGCUUCACAUUACGAACCAAGUGCUCAAGUGCAAGUGCCCACACAUCCUGACAGUGAUGCCGCUGCUGCACAUGCAGCGAGAUGCACUGCCACCGAUCAACAUUGUGGGACUCGGCUCUCACUGCGGGGUGCCGACAUCGUCGCCCAACACUCACGGCGCCGAUGUGCGCCAGUUAGCACCGCACAUUCGCCGAGUCCGUGGCGCUGACGACACCGUCGUCUUUGCUGUUUCUUUCCAUGUCACCCCACCAGUGCCUCCCACCUCACUGGUUACGUGGACAGUGCGCAGCGUAGAGGAGUCGGAGGAGGAGGCCGGCAGCACCGUGCCGCUGGGGAAGCCGUCUUGGGCUGAUAGGCAUCAUCACAGCAGUGGUGGUCGUAGCGAUCUCAGCGCUUCCCCUAUAUAUGGCCCACUCACCUUGCGGCACUCACGGCUGUUGACAGUGCCACACCGCUCUGCGAGCAGCACUGGCGGCGAUGUCGAGGCUUCUGAGGCGUCUACCUCAACAAGCAGUCUCCUUCCGCACAGCUCUGCCGCUAGUCCUUUCUUUGUUGUUGAGCCGAAUGCGCGCUACGAGGUCUCCGUGCGCGUUUCGCGCAAUCCGCUCGCGCCAGCUCUUCAUGCCAGCUGGGCAGGAGCUUCUGAGGGAGAGCAAGGCCAGGGUGAGCCUGCGAUGGGUGUCCGCACUGCUGAGACGGUCUUCUGGCCAUCUACCGCCAUCGCAUCAACUGAGCGGGUGUCACAUGGUCGUUUUGUCCUUCGGCUGCCAUUGAACCGCUCAUGGGCGCUGCCAUCCGCUCAUCCUACUCCGCACUUUGGAUUUCGCCGAUCCAUGCGACUGACAAACGGCACGAUGAAACGUGCUGCCGUGAUGGCCGCCCUCGACCCGUACUACCCACUACGUUCCUCCUUCCCCACCUCCUCGUCGGCCGAUUCUGCCGGCAGUGCGAGCGCUGCGGCCAGCAGCGUUUGGUGGGGCAGGGGCAUUGGACGCAGCUCGGUCGGUGGUGACAGCCACACUGGCAGCAGCGGCGCUACCCUCGGCCGCCGGCCACCCUUGGCCUACUACGGCUACUGGGAGAACACACCGCUACGCGAUCAGCCACUGCCACAGCAGCUCACUCGCGUGAUGGCCAACCCGUACGUAAACACGUCCGCGCUGGCUCGGAAUGCCGACGAAACAGACGGGGACGGAGAGGCCGGCGGUGCGUUGGUGCCUCUCUUCCUUGGCCGCAACCUUGUCGCCUACUUCGUGCGCGACGUGGAUGAUGUCUGCGAUCCUGUCGUUCUGGAGGAGCGCGAGGUGUGGGCGGUUCAGAGCCACAUCACCACCGCCGGGCCGACGACGGCGUGCGGGGAGCAGCAGGACGUGUCGGCGCUGGUGCUGCGACAGCUACUCCUGCGAAUGCGAGUGGAGCCGCAGCUGGAGGUUACUGUGCCGAACACGACGUGGCUCGCCGACCCUCAGCAGCUUGCGGAGGCGGCGCGCGAGGGAUACUACCGCUGCGAGGCACGCAGCAGCGCGGCAGCUACUUCUGCGGCAGCGCCAAGCACAGGUACCGCCUCGCUGCCCCUGUGCAUAGCGGCCCCCGAUGCGCGACGGGACGUCAGCGAGGUACACGCCUCUUUGAGCAUGGGCAGUCGCGGCGUCUACGAGGUGGUGUGGGUGGCGCGAGUUACCGUGCGCGAGGAGCGGCUGAUUAGUAAGGCGAACCUGGAUCCACUGUACACCAGAGUUAUCCCAGCGGCCCUGAGUGCUGGGGCGACAUCCUCUGGACUGUUCAUUGUGGAGGUGUAUUCUCGCCCGCUGCUGGUGGUACGACGUCUGGCGAGUUACCCGCGCGUGGUCGCUGUAGAGCUACCUAUGCAUGCACGCCGCUGGGCGGUGUCGGCUCCUCGUCCUCUUGCAGAGCCUACAUCGUCGCUCAUAGCCUUUUCAACGUCUCCCUCAGCUCCUCAGCAGCAACAGGGUGCUCCCCAUAGCGGUGACAGCAACAGCGCGGAUGUUUUGAGCGACAGAGUACCCACCGGCUACUGGCGCUCGCGCCCCCCGCUGCGCGUCUUGUCAGUGGAUGAGCAGCUCAUGGCAGAGCUGGACACGAACGACGUACCCAACGUGCAACGCACGCUACCGAGUGGCACUCUCCAGUUUGUUGCUCAGGACACUGGCGAAGCGCUGUCGCUAACUGUUGCCCUGGACGGAGCGGUGCACUCCUUUGCCUACACGUCGCAGUGCCCGGAUACGCACGUCGAGUACCAGAUUAACGUGGUCGCCUUGCCACCCCCGCCGAUAGCGCCGGCGUUUGCGCCCAUCUACACAGAAGAAGGGUGCGUGUUGCUCGUGGAACCGCGUGAGGUGCGUAAGGAUGAGGUAGCGGAGUGGCACGUGCCGCCGUGCGUGUCGGCGCGGCAGCCGCCGUACUUGGUGGAGCGCACCAUCUCAACCGAGGAGCAAGAGGAGUCGCAAAUCAUCACGACUGCCGUGGAUGGUGGGAGGCCGUUGGCCCUAAUGAGUGCGGAUGUCGCGCCUAGGCCCGUGACUGCGUUGAUGGCGUGCGGUGUGGAGCCGUACCACCACUGCGAUGUCGUGUGGUCUGUGCACAACCUCGUCGCGGCAGUGGAGACGACAUACUCGCUGCGGCGAUGCCAGCGGCCACCGGACGUCCUCUUCCACGAAAACGCUCCUCAGCAGCGCACCGCGUACCCUCAUGCGAAAGCGUUUGCGCUGCCCUCGGUGGCUGAGGUUGCCUACACCCGCGUCAACGUCUCCGCCUUGGCGCUUCUAGAAGACGGAUCUGUGCCGGCAGAUGCGGGUGAGAUUGUCAGUCGCCACCGCCGUCAUCGCCGCGUGAUACCAAUCGCCGGCUUUGCAGCUGACAUAGGGUACUCCUUUAAUCACACAAGUCAGCAGAACUACUUCGAGAUGGACUUGCACCUUGUCGAGGAUGCAGUUACUCAUCAGCUCUGGAACGCGCAGCAUGAUUACGUGGCGGGCGAUGACGGGCCGAUGGUGCUGCGCAGGCGAACCCGCGUGGAUGUGCAGCAGCAGCAGCAGGACACGCUAUUGGGCAGUGCUGGUACCGAUGAGUGGGGUGCCGACACUGCGACAAGCAGCAGUGAGUCGGUGGAGGACAAGAAGCUGCUCUGGGAUGAGUGCCGCACGAGCAAGGGGCCCAACUCACGUAAGGCAUCGUCGUUGCCGGCAGAGGAUGCUGCCCAACUAUCGGAGAGGCGAACAUGUCACCGUCACCGCCGACAGCUCGAUGAGCAGCUCGACACUGCACUGGAGAAGACCUAUACACUUCAGCACGAGGCAGAGGCGCGCCGACUGCGUGUCGCUGGGGUGGGCAACGCAUCGCUGUUUUUGCUGGACUACGUCGUGCGAGGCUCGCCUGCGGUGCUGAGCGCCGAGGUAGAGGCUGAAAAUCCUGAAUUCGUGCGGCGUGGCAUGUGUGUGGAGCAGCCGGGCUACGUCGCCAUCCUCGCUAUCAACCCUAGCGGCGUCGUUCAUGGGGAUGAGCGCUACGGCACGGUCUUGCCGUCACCGCCGGCCCCUGCUGUAGCUGUCUUGCCCUUCUGCGCCCCGCAGUACACCUUCUCCCGCUACCCGGAGCUCUUUUCGGUGUACGGCUACGACUUCACAUGGGUAUGCCCCGACGCGGCGGUCAUGACGGCAGAGAAACACCACCCAACACACUCAGUCCUUUAUUACACUCCAGAACGCUACGGCAGCGCCGCGGCGGCGCCGUCGACAAGUGUUGGUGAGGCACUCUGUCAGCUGACCGUCGCCAAUCACGUCACACACACAGAGCAGCGUGACUGGUUUCUAAUGAGGCGCGUUUAUCCAAGUCCGCUGCCGCCUACCGCCCUCGUCGUGCUUAGCCACAACGCAGCCGAGUCGCUGCAGGUGAUGCCGCCGUCCAGAGGCGCCAGCAGCAGCGCUGGUACACCGAACAGAAGCGGCAAGGCACCUCAGCAACAGCCACGACCUUCCUUCUCGCGAGCCACGCGCUUUGCGCCAUCUCAGGCUGCCGCUGCACCCCCUUCCAUCAUCACCAUGGAGAAACUUUACACUGCGCCCCCUAACACGUACCCUUUCGCCAGGGCGCGUCACAUCGUCGGCAAGAGCGCCAUCCUGCACGUGGAUGCCCCAUCAGACCCGGCUGUGGCGCAGUGGGCCGUCAAGAGCAUCGUCCCGACUGUUUCCACCACCAUAGGAUUGCAGGUACUCAUGGACAGCGUCGAGUUUCAGUCGCUACCUCGCCACCCGGCCGCCGUGGCCCGCGGCAGAGGCGGGUCGACAGUUCUCAUCAAGGGGCUGCGCACGCCAGGGCUCUACACCAUCACGCACUCUCUGCCGGAUCCUGAGAACCCGAAUGUGUGCCCGCCAGUGAUUCUUACGGAGAUGCUCGACGUGUUCCACGCGCAGGUGGUGGAGAAGGAGCUGUAUGUGUGCAGCGACACUGCGGCGCUGCAGGCCGUGCCCAUCCCGAACGAGAUCGCCCAUGAGUUUGUUGGCCAGUGGGAGGUGGUGUCGCUGGCGACGGAUGCGAACACGGUGUGGACGGCGAGUGUGAACUUCACCGGCAUUCACUUCGAGCACGACACGCGAGCGGAGACCCUCGUGCAUGGCCUGCCGUUCGGCGUCGUGACAAUGCGCUGGUCUAUCUACCGGCUUCUCCCGCCAUCUACGGACGCCACCUACCCACUGUCUUCUUGGACUGCCUUAGGCGAGGGCAUUAGCGGCUCUGGCACCAGCAGACGCGCUGCGUCAGCGACAUCCAUGGCGCAGCAUCGCAUCCUCGUUGACUACGCCACAGUGGAGGUUCUUGUACUGACAGAGAAUUUGCCCUCGCACCGCCUCGUGACUCUGGCUGAUCAUGCGGUGAUCCUGACGACAUCCUCGACGCAGAACUGGCGCUUGGCGACUAGAAUGGGAGUCCCUGGUGCGUCUGCGGCUGUGGAUGUUGCGGCGCAGGCGCGCAUGAGCCUGCGCAGCAUCCGCAACUACAGCCACGGCGAAGCAGCGGCCUUUCUUUUCCCAUCAGAUGACUCUACCGCUGACGGCACCGCACGUGCGGCGUUUCACACCUACUUCGGUCUGCACUCUCGCCCUGGCAGCGAGGUGCUCGUGCUGGAACCGCUCGCUGUUGGCACGGUGUACCUCCACUACGACCUUGUGCCGUCUCGCAGUAUCUUUGGCCGGAUGGAGGGGCACACGUGCGCGUUGAAGGGCUACUACGAGGUGGAGCGCGUCUCCGCCUACCUGACCGCAACGACUUCUAUGGAUCACGAGUGUGAUGGCUACACCGGCAAGGGGCGCAUCACACUGUGCCUGCAUACCGAGGGAGCACCUGAAACGGAAAGUCGAGGCUCGAAGGACAAUUCGCGGAAGUCCCCGACGUCGUCUCCGCGGACGAGGUGGCGGUCGCAGCCGUCUCGGGCAGACGUGCAGUUUUGGCAGAGCCAGGUGCGCCUUAUCGACCCCGCAGCGCUGGAGGACACCGUCAAGCGUGGUGCGCGCGAGGUGGAGCGGCUCAGCGGUGGGCGGUGCGCGACGCCGUGGUGGGUGUCACCGACAACACAGUGGUUUAACCCGUCCUACACCUCGGCGAAUGCUUCCUCCUUACCAGGCCGUUGCGUAUCGUUCACGGUCAAGGCGAGCCGUCAUCUUUCAGCGCGCGAGGUGUCGCAGCCGCUGUUCGUGGCAGUGCCGCAACCAUCUUCUCUGUCUACACCGACGCUGGUGGCGGCCUCAGGCGUGUACGCGGAUCGGGUGGGCGAUGGGGGCGCUGCAGGUGAUGCAUCGGACACCACUGGUGCGUGCCCCUUCCACGGUGACUUUAUCUCCACCCGUAUCAUCGAUGGCGCCCCCGGCGCUGAGGCGGCUGUCGCCGCCAGUGUCAGCGGGGCGCGCGGGAGGAGUAAGGGGGGUCGGCAGGAUGGCACCGCCGCUGCAGCAGGUCGCUUUGGCCUCUCACCGCUCUUUCAACUUGGGCUGCCGCACACCUUCGGCGACGCUGCUACUUCGUUUGCGUCUAAGUUCUUAGGCCGCGAUGGCAGUGCGGGGGGAGGCGAGGUCAGCAGCGAGGGCCGCGCAUGGGGCAUUCGCUAUUUGCCGGUGCUCCAGCCUGCGACAUUGCGGCGGGCCAACGUGACGAUGCGGCCGAUGGUGGGGCUGCGCGGGGUACAGGACGACGUGACGUACGAGGUGAACAUUAGCGGCCGAACCGCAGGGUUUGGAGGGCCGCCGCAGGCUUCCGCAAAGCAGGCGCCAGAGGCGACAGUGCUGCUGCGACUUGACCUUAGCCACCCGAGGCAACUUGGCGGCUUCAUCGUCUCUUCGUCAGCGGAGACGGAGCUGAAUCGGACGUGGGGAACAGCAAUGCUGACCGUUUCCGGUGAGGCAGUGCAUGGUGCCAGCCAAGCUGAAACCGUCGCUGACUCUAGCAGCAGCGGACCUGCUGGGGGAACCGAGAUGCCACACCAUAGCUUGCUCCACAAGUGCGUAGACGGCACCGUGCGCGGCGCCGACGUACUGCAAUACUGGACAGAGACGAACCGCCCCGAUGGCCGCGUCGACCGCACCGCGCAGGAGUGGCUAGACUACACCUUCGCCGUGCGUGAUGCCACUGUUCCGUGCGACGUGCUCUUCGGUUCGCUGGAACAUCUCCUCUCCGAGACGCACGGUGAUGGCCCCUCAUCAUCAUCAUCGUCAUCGACUUCUCCAUCUCCUGGCGGCUGCUGGUACACCCAGCGCGCACGGCGAGGGCAAAAACCCGUUGCAGCGAGCCAAGGGGCGUCACCGUCAUCCCAGCGACAGCAGCACUACAUAUCCCUCGCCGAAAUGGAGCAGCAGGUGGAGCGCAUUCGCCACCAGUGCAAGUGGACCGCGGAUGGCAUUGACGUGACUGGGCUGCCGGUCGAUCUGCAGAACGCUUUGAGCCAUCGCCGUGUGACAGCGACGCAGCUGCGCGUCCUCGAGGCGGCGAGAAAGGCACGGCAGGAGGCUGAGGAGGCCGCACUGGCAGAGGAGGCGCGCCAGCAGCAGUUGCACCAGCGCGAGCGGCAGAACACACUGUCGCACAUGUCACCGAUGGAGCGGCUAACGAACGCGCUUCGGGCCUACCAAGGUGUCGCUCAGGGCAACGAGGUGGCGGUGCUGCGCAUACGUCUUCCGCUCAAGGAGUCCUUCGCCACUCCUUACGACAUCUUCCUGCGGACAGCGCUGCACAAAGACGUCCUGUGCGGCACCACCAUCGAUCCGCCACCCUCCCUCACUGAGCCCGCGGUGCAGCCGACUGUGGCGAACCCGUACUCGCUUGUGCCGCUCGGUCGUGUGGAGGUGCGCGACAUGGCGCCGGCGCUGUCGGCGUACCCUCCUGUGGUGAAACAGUGCGAGAUAGAGGGCGGCCUGCCGGUACUGACCUUCGAGCUUACCGGCGCCAACUUUGCCCAGACCGUUUUUUCAGCCGACGCGGUGACGCUGGAGGAGAUUCCGAAUCCUGCCUUACCGAAGACAAAGGAGGGCGCAUCGCGUACCCCCGAUGUGGGGCUCACUGCGUGCAUCGAGCAGAUGCGGUGUGGCCUACAGGCGGCUGUGGAAGCCCGCUCCCGCAAGCGGCUGUACUUACAACUUCAUGCAUGUCCUGACUUUAGGAUGCUAACCCCUGAGGAGUACAACGAGCACCAGGACAGCGACGCACUAUUGCGGCGCCUGCAGCUCCCUCGCUACUUGCGUGUGACGGUGCACAAUGCGAUUCAUCCGGACAGCUUUGUGGCGCCAUCGUUACGAAGGACAGGCCGCGGGGCGUCAAACGCGUCAGCGUGGUGGUGGACGCCUGAGGGUGGGCCUCCCACGAGUGUCGCGGCCACCUCCACCGAUGCGAGUUUUGUAGUGGAGGUCCGCCCAACGUUGGCGCGUCUGCACCUGCGCUCCUCUGCAAAUAUGGUGUUACCGGACCCCACGGUUGAAGAGCGAGCCCACCGCCGGUACCGCAGGCGGGAGGGCGGCAGCUGGUGGAGUGGAGGUGUCAGAGCUGCCGGGUCAUCGAGACUCGACCCUGCGACGGCGCCGGGGGACGAGCCGGCGCAGCCGACUGAGCCGUCCUUCGAUCCGACGCCAGGCCGCCCGCUGCUGCUUUGCGAGGCGGACCUGCGACGCUAUGGCUUCCAGCUCGGGAUCGAGCUUAUCGGCGACACAUGGACCCAGUCGGUCGGCGAGGGCGGCCACAGUGCAGGUUCGCGUGCGAGAGCUGCACCCCAUGACGGCACUGCCGUCUACCAUGCUCAAGAACCGUUAGACCUGCCGCGUCAGAGGGCCCCGCCGAACGUGGCGCUUAUUAACAGCUUCAGCGUUGUGGAGCAUCACAGCCUCGACAGCAGCCAUCACCGGUACAUGAAGGGCGGUGAGGUGUACCGAUCCCACUUUAUUCACUACCUCUUCUCCGAACUGCUCCGCGACCCAGCCAUUCUGCAGAGCCAUCGGUUUGUGUACCGCUACAACGACACCUUCACCAGUAUAACGAUACCGCCACUCUCUGCCAAUGCCGCAGCGGCGACGUCGCGUCGUGACCGUCGUGAUAGUGGUUGGCUCGACGGACAACCGCGUGAUGCAGGAGUCACGGGGGCUGAGGAAUACACAGGACUGUACGCUGCCCAGGUGCAGCCGAGUGCAUCAAAGCCACGAUCAACGGGCGGUAGCGCCGAUAGCUCAGGGGUGGCGGCUACGGCGACCUUUUCAAACGCCUUUCCAGCGGUUCGUCCGUUCUGCAAGGUGGAGGAGAUCCUCUUCGCCGUCCCAGGCAUCGCCACCGAGUGCCGCGGGUGUCUGCUGGCUGACACCACCUUUUACGUGGCGGGUGACCUGACAGGCGUGUGGACUGUAUCGUCUAGUUCCAGCACUGCUGCUGCUACUGGCACGACAUCCACGACUGCAUCGGUGGCGGGCACCACAACCCGCGGCACAUCUGCAAACGAGGCGGCCACGCCACUUUUUAGCUGGGCUGGCGGAAGAUUCACCCGUCCGCUCGUCCUACCGUGGGACAGCGCCGCACGCGUGCCGCGGCGCUGGCAGUUCGACUGGGUCUGCCCCACCACCGCCCACCGUGCACUUGGGCAACUGGCCUUGCAGCUCAGCGGCCGCAGCGACGGUGCAGCACUCUCCAUCGUCAUGGAUGUCGUCCUGUAUCGUCUUCGCGGUGUUGAUGGCGGGGCACUGCCGGCGACUCAGCGGCCGUUGGUUCUGCUCUCGAGUACCCCGACUGAGCUGUCAGUUGUGCUGCGGCAGAACCACGCGUACACUCGCCGUGCCGGCACUGGCGUCGGGCAGACGACGCUCGCAGCUCCGCUGGUCCUGAACGUGAACCAGACAGCUGUAGAUGCAGCCUACACGCAGCUUGCCGAUGACAUGCUGCGACGCCGCCGGCAUGCCCAGACGGCACUUGAGUACCACAGGGACGGCCGCUACGCUGGUGGGCAACUAGUCGUGAAUGCGUCCGUCUUCUUGAAGGUGUGCGCAGGUGAUGCAAGCGUGGCUAGCGACGGUGCAGCGCCAUGCAUGGUCGUCUCCAUCACCGAAGCUCUGUUGGCAGUGGAAGCGCCGAAAGUGGUCAAGCAGCCCGCCUUGUGGACGAGACGGCUGCUCGAACGCAGUGGCGGGGGCAUGGACUCUGGCAGCACGGCAGGAGAUGCAUUCUACGAUGCUUCGCCGUCGCCUGUGUCACUGCCGGUGCUGCUCUACCACCUCUUUAUGGCCUUUCUCGUUCAUGAGCUUCUGCCGAUGCUUGGUAUCGUCAUCGUUGUGGCGCCGCCGGGCACCGUUUCCCCUCUCUCUGACUCUCUUCUGGAAGACCAGCACCGCGCGCACGUGGCCUUCACUAUCAUGGCAUUCCUGCUCUUCAUGUUUGUCUACGCGUACGGGCCGCUGACGGCGUGGGUAGGUCUCUGUCUGGUGGUGUGGUCGCUCUCCCUGUACUAUAGCCGCCGUACUGAGCUGGUCUUUUUGUUUGUCGCCUCGGUGGUCUACACGCAUUACUUCAUGUGA